CAUUUUUAAAUUACAUCCUGCGUUCAAGGAUGUGAGACCUGUGCCUGCUAGAGGUAUUUGCUCAGUGUUAUCUCGGAAAGUUUGCACAAACUUUCGCACUGGGCAAUAUGGCAGAGGCGGCGCGCACGGUGGUGUUUUGGUCAGCGCUUUUCGCGUUGGCGGUUUCCCCAGGAGCCAGCAUAACGACAACAAGCACCUCGACUACGGCCAAGAACACGAACCCUAGCUCAGCCACCUCCUCGGCCUCAGUGAAGACCACGCUGACAACCCGUCCUCAUGAGUCCUCCAUCACCUCCACUGCUUCAGGGGUGAAAACAACCUUAACCUCCACAGCCACCAGCUCGCCUCAUUCCCCCAGUAUUUCAAGAGAGUCCACCUCAAGCAGUACAGGAACCCCUGCUUCCAAAGGGACCUCUCUACUGCCAUCUACAGCAAAGACCGAGACUAGCAGGACCUCCAGCCUGAAUUUGACUACCAGCUCUGAACCCAAUACCAGUCACGCCAGGACAAUCUCCAGUACCUCGCCCCUGAACAGCACAGGCAUAACCAACACGUCCGUCGCGACUACAAAGACCCCUAAAACAAUUUUCUCGACUGGGGCUUCCUCUAAAACUGCCAACGAAACCAUCACGCGUACAGGGAUUCAUCACCAGCCUGUCAAGGACAUUGGCAGGAGCCCUGGGCUGGUGGCCGUGCUGUGCAUCUUCUUCAUAGUGGUCGUCUUGGUGCUGGUGGUUGUCGUGGCGAAGGCUGUGAGCUCCAGGAGCCCCCAGUUCGAGAAGCUGGAGGACCUGCCCAUGAACAACAUGAAUGAGGAAUCUCCUUUUGCCCACUGCCCUCCAAAGUAAAGAUUAAAGGAGGUGAGAGUGCCACACAGAUCCUGAAGAAGACUGAAGACAAAAUUUAAAUUCAUUACAAGAGGAUGAUCAUGCUGAUUAGGGAAAACUGGAACCCACUGCUGCCACGUUGAAGAGAGUUUUUGCCCUUAGCUAGCAGAUGUGCAGUGCUACUGUCUUGUUUUUUUUACUUCUUUUAAUUUGCACUUAUUUAUGUCCCCGCAGCACUUAAGUGUACUGAAGUGUGUUUGGUUAGAACUGGCACUUUGUGAAAACCAUGCUUCCUGUUUUGCUGAAGACGUGGAAGUGGUUUACUUUUGUAAAAAAAACAUCUGUGAAACCACAGCUUGUUUCGUACCUUUUAAAAUGCUUACAUUUACUUGACUGCUUAACCAAGGGUUCUGUUUGAGGGUUGGGGGUAGAGCAGUUUUCAAGAAUACAGCUUUUUUGUUUGUUUAGUAACUUGGCUGCUGUGGUGUUAUAGUGACUUUUUUUUUGCAUAGGCCACAGAAAUAUCCAGGAAUUUGUCAUGCUCAAAGCAGUUCCAUUUCAGAACUUCCUGGGCUCUCCAAUGCAGAACAUUAAUAAAACCAAAUUAAUAUGCAUCUGAUUAAUCUAUUGAAAAGCUGGCUGUAGCAUAAUCUAAAAUUAAAAUGAAUAAAAGAUGCUUUAAACGACUGUAUAUUUUAAAUGUGGUAGGAACAAAUCGAAACAUAUUACAUCAUCAUAAAUUAUAUUUCCAGCUCUCUCGAUGUUGUGCCAUCCCUUCAAUGCCAUGGAAAAGAAAAUUGCUAUAUCUCAUUUUUCUAGUUUUUAUUCACUGCAGUAACCCCACACAGUUGAAGUACUGUUUGUCACCAGCAUUUCAAAGACCUGUUUUAUGAUGUCAUAUAUUGUCAGCAGAAUUGAACUGAGGCCUGAAGAAACGCACCUUAAAAACAGUCUUGUCCCCAAACCAAAUGUGAACAGAAACUGAUAUGAAGAGACAAUAUUCUAAAAGCUAAUGACAGAGGCAUAUUGUAUUUCUUUAUCGGUCUCAUUUUCUCUUGCCUGGAUUACCAGGAUACCAGGAUAAGCAAGCAUUGCUGGAAAAACACACAAAGUCAUUCAAAAAGUAGAUUCUGAUAUAGGGUAGUGAGGGGGGAGAACAGGCCUAUCAUCAGAGCUAGUGCCCCAUAGUUUGAUGUGCAGAAGGAACCUGUUACUACAGUAGUGAGCACAAUGACCAUCAGUGAAGCAGACACGGAGGAAGCCUAUAAGCAUAAAAGCUGUACUAAUGAACAGAUUUGGCUAUAAAAGUGAGGAACCAGUGAUGUUUUCAUUGACAUCUGAUACCACACUGGCUUCAAGAAAAUCACAAUAUUUUACAAGUUGCUUCUACUACCAUUCACACCUCAAUAGUACUGUACAUGUGUGAAUCCUAAUGCAGACGUCUAUAUUCUAUGUACUGUAACCGGGAAGCUUCUGUAGACUUUGCACGGCUGCUUAAUGCACAAACCAGCACCUUCAUUGUUAAAUUAAAAAAGAAAAAAUGUGGUCAUAGAAAAUUCAGGAUUAGAGGUGGUUGACAGACAGGUGCUUAAAAUACUUUGAAGCCAAUAAGUGUUGGAGACUCUAGUCCAGAUAUGCUGUUGCUCCAGAACAUCUGUCCUAAUCUAGUUUUCUUUCAUAUGCUUCCGAGACUGAGAGUAGUGUAUAUUGAAGUGGCAACGUCACCCCUCCUGUGAAAUGCAAUAAGAAAGUUAAUCAAUGAUAAUCCAGUUAGUAUGCAUACUGUGUGCGCAUGGGGAAAAAGCUUCUUGUUCAGAAAAUAAAAUGUUUCAAAGCUUA